ACUGUGUAACAUGAGUCGGGAUGAAAACUGUGCGCUGGUUCCGGCUGCCAGUGCAGAUGCUGUUCGCCAAAGAGAGAGAAGGGGUGCAUGAUGGAUCCUGUCCCGCUGCUGCUCAUCAUAGUCACAUUUUUGCCGUUUUGCUCGGCAGUCUACACCGGGCCCCUCCAACCGGAGAUCUCCAAUGGCACUUUCCAUCACUUCUUUGUCCCGGACGGGGAUUACGAGGAGACUGAAGACCCCGAGGACUGCCAGAUGCUGUUUAAAUUCUCGGAUGUGUAUCCAUGUGGCGCCUCUGAAGAGAGGGACUCCGUGGUGAGGGACGACUUCAUCAUCACCACGCUGCAGGCGGAGGACGCGGCGCGGCUGUUGGAGAGCAUCGGCCGGACUGUGGCGCACGACCUGGACGGAGAGGACAGCUACGGAAAGUUCCUCCAGCGGGAGGUCUCCCAGAUCGGAGAAGCGUUUUCUAACGUGGACAAGUCUCUGCUGGAGCUGGAGGUGAAGUUUAAACAAAGUCAAGAAACUGAGCUGAGAGAGGAGCAACAGCUGAACGGCUAUGUAAUGAAGCAAGUGAGUGACAUCAGGGGAGCUCUGAGGGAAACUACAGACAUCUCUCUGGGACUGAAAGAUAAACACGAGCUGCUGUCUCUCAUCAUUCGCAGUCAUGGUACCAGACUGAACCGCCUAAAGACAGAGUAUCUUAAUGUUGGCUCAUAGUGUGGUUAUUGAAAGCUCUGUGUGUGUGUGUGUGUGUGUGUGUGUGUGUGUGUGUGUGUGUGUGUGUGUGUGUGUGUGUGUGUGUGUGUGUGUGUGUGUGUGUGUGUGUGUGUGUGUGUGUGUGUGACCCUCCAGUUCAACAAACAACUGGAAAGUUGUGGCUUAUGAAUUAAUAUCUCUGACGUUUGGCUAUCCCCAUUCUUUGGACUUGUCAUUUAAAGGAGCUUUAACACAAACAUCAAGACAUUCCAAAGGAAAUGUGAACAUAAAUUAUGUCUGCAUGGAGUCCUCUGUGCCACCAGAGUAUGAAAAUAAAAGCCCUCCAAGUGGAUUUAUCAGCCUCUGAAUCAAUAUUAUACCUAUACAUUUUUGUCUGUGUGGUUUAAAUUAUGUUGUUUAUACAUUUGUAGGUUAUAACUGAUCAAAUAAAUGCUUAUUAUUCAUCUCAUAUCUUAAUUUCCCCUUUUACUUUUAAGCAAGACAUUAUGUUUCAGUGUCUUUAACAAUUACAAAUGUUGAUGUCAAAAGUAUUUCAUGUUGCAUCAUAUUCAUAAGUUUUCUCCUGCAUAUACGUAAACUGCCAUAUGGUGAUGUAUUUAAAAAAAACUCUCCAUCCUUUGAAGCUUGAGGUUUACUUUGAACAUUUGAUAUCUGAAGGUUUUCGUCUGUCAUGUCUUUACAUCACCAUGUUUGUUGUUGGCACUACAAGUGCCAGUCUCGACUGUCCUGUCAAAGUGGCCCUGGUUAAUUGGCGUUUAAAGUCUGUCUUUGCCUCCCACUUCCAUCUGGAAGUCAUCUACUCAAAUAUGAAGCAUGUUUGUCGGAAGGCAGCCACUGUCUUCAUCAUCUGCUUUUUUGUCUGUUAUGAUCUGUAAAAUGUGUGGUUUAUAUGAAAUGUCAUUUUGUUGAAAAUCUGACUGGUUUUGGAUGAUGUCAUUUUGACUAAAAAUAGACUCAUAAAUGACAUACAGCUUG